CAACACAGAACUGGCAACACCGAUUGACAGUUUCCGGUUGCCAUAAGUUCUUUCUUUGUGGCAUGGUGUCGGCAUAAGGCACACCAAGAUGCAGAUCUUCGUGAAAACCCUCACGGGUAAGACCAUCACCCUUGAGGUCGAGCCCUCGGACACUAUCGAGAAUGUCAAGGCCAAGAUCCAGGACAAGGAAGGAAUCCCUCCGGAUCAGCAGAGGUUGAUCUUCGCCGGCAAGCAGCUUGAAGACGGCCGCACCCUCUCAGACUACAACAUCCAGAAGGAGUCCACCCUCCACCUGGUGCUCCGCCUCCGUGGUGGCGCCAAGAAACGCAAGAAGAAGAAUUACUCCACCCCCAAGAAGAUCAAACACAAGAAGAAGAAGGUCAAGCUCGCUGUGCUCCGGUACUACAAGGUGGACGAGAACGGCAAGAUCCACCGCCUGCGCCGCGAGUGCACGGGCGAGCAGUGCGGCGCCGGCGUGUUCAUGGCCGUCAUGGACGACCGCCACUACUGCGGCAAGUGCCACAGCACCAUGGUCUUCAAGGACGACGACAAAUAGGCUAAGUGUUAAGGGUACUUUAGUGUACGACUGUGGAUGACGGAUUAAAUUCUUGACACAGU